AUGCAAAAUCGUUUGUUACAUAAGAGAGAAGAAUUUUGGCAUAAAUUAACAAAGGGACGUACGUCUCGAAGUACAGGCGCCGCAACAGCUGCCUCUAAUACUGCAGCAGCAGCAGCAGCAGCAGCAGCAGCAACAGCAACAGCAGCAACAGCAGCAACAGCAGCAGCAGCAGCAGCAGAUAUGUGGAGUGCGGAUGAUUCCUUCACUCGCUGUUUGCAAGAGAUUUGCUCCCAUAGUGAAGAAGCAGCAGACUGCAGCAGCAGCAACAGCAGCAGCAACAGCAGCAGCAGCAGCAGCAGCAAAGGGAGGUCAGCUACUGAACCUCAUGAUGCCUCUAGUGAAUCCGAUGAAGGAGAAGAAGGAGAAGAAGGAGAAGAAGGAAAAAAAGAAGAAAAAAAAAGAAGAAAUAAAUUACCUAAUGAUUGGCUAUAUAUCCUUAAAUUAAUGACACAAGAGGCAACAGCAUUACUAAGAAAACACAAAGAAAUUAAAGAAAAAGAACACCAAUUGGCUCUUGAGGCAUUAAAUAGAGCGCAUGCAGAGAGAGCAAAUACAGAGAAAAUAAAAAAAGAAAUAGAGGAAGAAUUACAGAUAAAAAUAUCUAAUAUUCGUCUUAGCGAGAAAGAAGCAAAAAAAAUUAUUUCUGCUGUUGCUAUGCAUGCAGCAAAUGUACCUUAUAUACAAACUUUAUGUAAUUCUUUCUUAACUGCAGCACCAAUAACAGCAGCAGAAGCAGCAGCAGCAGCAGCAGCAGCUGUUGCUGCUGGUGCUGGUGCUAAGGGAGAGAGCUACGAAGAGACGCAGAGCUAUACUGAUGCAUGCGCGAACAGCAGCUCUGCUGCUAAUGACAUUAAGGAGGAAAGCAACAUAAAGAAAAAGGAAGAAAAAGAAGAAAAAGAAGAAAAAGAAGAAAAAGAAGAAAAAGAAGAAAAAAGGAAGGAAAAUACAUUAUGCCCGAUGCAUAGAGAGGAAAUACGACGAGCAUUUAGACGUCAUCGUCUAUCUGCUGCUGCUGCUGCUGCUGCUGCUGCUGCUGCUGCUGCUGCUUCUGCCUCCCCCUCUCCUUCUCCUCCACAGACGCAACGUCUAACCUCGAGGUUUGCUACAAAAGUCCAAGGAAAAGACAGCAGCAGAAGCAGCAACUACAGCAGCAACUGCAGCACCAGCAGGGAGGAUACUGAGCUUCCCCUCUCUCCUCCGCAGCAGAGAAGACCUCCGAGUGUACGUCGACCUCAGGUAGAUGUUGCUGCUGCUAAUGGUGCAGUUAGUCCUACUCUUCCUUCCCCGCUGCAGGGCGAGCAGCAGAGGCAGCAGCUGCAGCAGCAGCAGCAGCAGCGGGAGGGAGGGUCUGGAUACCUGCAACGAGGACCAAACACUUCAGCAGCAGCAGGAGCAGCAGCAGCAGCAGCAGGAGCAGCAGGAGCAAGUCCAAUGACGUCUCCUGCCUCAUGGAAUGAAGGUCAAGGGUCUACAGAGGAUGUAGACAGCAGCAGCAGCAGGAGCAGCAGCCGCAUCAACAGCAGCAGCGGCAACAGCAGCACAUCUUUCUGCCCAGAAGAAUUAAGUCGUGUAUCUAGUACUGCCCUCCCUACCCCUCGCUCUCCCCCUCGUGCUGCACUAGCUCCUCUUGUUUCUCCUUCUCGUCUUGUGCAGGCUCUGCGCAUGCAGGCCACACCAGCAGCGGCCCCAAGCUGGCGCAGCAACAGCAGCAACGGCAGUGGUGGCAGCAGCAGCGGCAGCGGAGGCAGCAGCAGCAGCAACUACAGCGGGAGGAGCAGCAUGGAGAAGACGAUGCAACCUCAGAAGCAGCAGCAGCAACAAGAACAAUUAAAUAAAAAAGAGCAGCAAAUAGACAAACUAAGAGAAAGCAAGACAGAGGGUACAGCAGCAGACGUCCUAUUGAGCAGCAGACGACCGAGCACAGCAAGGGCGAAAGAAUCCUUCGCAGCAGCAGCAGCAACAGCAGCAGCAGCAACAGCAGCAGCAGCAGCAGAUGACACUGUCGAGCAGCAGAAGGGUGGAGGUAACUGUAUAGAGGAGAAGAACAAGAGGGAAGAAGAGGAGAAGAUUACUACUAGCCGCAAGCAGCAGAGCAGAGCAGCAGCAGAAAAGGCAUGGGAAACAUUUGUUGCAGAGUACAGACACCCGAAUCGUGUGCUGCAGCAGCCUGUCUUCUCUCCUAGCAGCAAACGCAUGCAGGCAUGGCAGGAGAGAGGGGGGACGCAUAGCAGCAGCAGCGGCAGCAGCAGCGGUGGCAGCAGCAGCAGGGAGACCAUACAGUCUACCCUAUCUCCUCAGGGCGUAGAGGAAGGAGAGGCAGCAGUAGCAGCAGCAUUACUGCGUCUGCAACACCAGCAGAAGCACCAUCACCUGCUGCAGCAGCACCAGCAGCAGAAACAGCAGCAGCAGCAGCAACAGCAGCAGCAGCAGCAGCAGCGAGGGGCUGUCCUAUACCCAGAAACACGGGAGUCAACAGAUAGCGGACUCGAAGAAGUUCUGCACUUAGAGCGUCAGUUGUAUGAGGAGGAGGAAGGAGGGGAAUUCCCUCCUAUAGAGUCCGAGGAGCAUGCAGCAGCAGAAGCAGCAGCAGCAGCAGCAGAAGAAGAGGAGGAAGAAGAAGAAGAAGUUGAUGAAUUGUAUGGUGCUGAUGAUUCUUAUCAACUUGGGCUCUCUGCCUCGGCAUUCCUUAGACGUCUAGGUACCCAACUAGAGAACCGUAUGCGGGUUACGUCUAAGAAACCAUCAGCAUUGAAUUGA